UUCUCUCCCCAUCCGGGGCAGCGGGGAACGGCUGAGCCAACGGCUAAGCCCACGGCUCGCCGCCGCCCCCGCAGCCGCCCGCUUUCAGCUUGGGCUGCAGACUUUGCCAGGUAGGUGGUGAUGUCAUCUCCAUUUCGAAGAUGAGGAAACUGAGGCUAAGAAAAGUGAAUGACUUGCCUAAGAAUUUUAUACCUAUUAAGUGAUGGAGCUGGACACACUUCCAGGACCCUAGCAUCCUGAGAUAUUUUUGGAUUCAUAGCCCUUAAGAGUGACCUGGUCAGAGGUCAUCAUGUCAAAGCUGAAAAGCUCAGAAUCAGUCCGGGUGGUGGUUCGCUGUAGGCCCAUGAAUGGCAAGGAAAAGGCUGCUUCAUAUGACAAGGUGGUGGAUGUGGACGUGAAGCUAGGGCAGGUGUCUGUCAAGAACCCCAAGGGAGUGGCCCAUGAAAUGCCCAAGACCUUCACUUUUGAUGCUGUCUACGACUGGAAUGCGAAACAGUUUGAACUCUAUGAUGAGACCUUCAGACCAUUGGUGGACUCUGUCCUUCAGGGUUUCAAUGGGACAAUUUUUGCCUAUGGACAGACGGGUACUGGGAAAACCUACACGAUGGAAGGCGUCCGGGGCGACCCUGAAAAAAGAGGGGUCAUCCCUAACUCGUUUGAUCACAUCUUCACCCAUAUCUCUCGAUCCCAGAAUCAACAGUACUUGGUCAGGGCUUCUUACUUGGAGAUCUACCAGGAGGAGAUCCGAGACCUCCUCUCCAAGGAUCAGACCAAAAGGCUCGAGCUCAAAGAGAGGCCUGACACUGGGGUGUACGUGAAAGACUUGUCUUCCUUUGUUACCAAGAGCGUGAAGGAAAUAGAGCAUGUGAUGAACGUGGGGAACCAGAACCGUUCUGUUGGGGCCACCAACAUGAAUGAGCACAGUUCCCGUUCACAUGCAAUUUUCGUCAUCACCAUCGAAUGCAGUGAGGUGGGCCUCGACGGUGAAAACCACAUCCGGGUAGGGAAACUGAACCUUGUAGAUCUUGCUGGCAGCGAACGGCAGGCCAAGACUGGUGCGCAAGGGGAAAGAUUGAAGGAGGCAACCAAGAUCAACCUGUCCCUUUCGGCCUUGGGUAAUGUCAUUUCUGCCCUGGUAGAUGGAAAAAGCACUCAUAUUCCAUAUCGGGACUCCAAGCUUACCAGGCUCCUCCAGGAUUCUCUUGGUGGCAAUGCUAAAACUGUGAUGGUGGCCAACGUGGGGCCCGCCUCUUACAAUGUAGAAGAGACCCUAACCACUCUAAGAUAUGCCAACCGUGCCAAAAACAUUAAGAACAAGCCAAGGGUCAACGAGGACCCUAAGGACGCCCUUCUUCGAGAAUUCCAGGAAGAGAUUGCUCGGCUCAAGGCCCAGUUAGAGAAACGGUCCAUUGGCAGAAGGAAGAGGCGAGAGAAGCGGAGGGGGGUUGGGGGUGGGGAAGAGGAGGAGGAGGAGGGAGAAGAGGGGGAGGAGGAAGGGGAUGACAAGGAUGAUUAUUGGCGGGAACAGCAAGAGAAACUGGAGAUCGAGAAGCGGGCCAUUGUUGAGGACCACAGCUUGGUUGCAGAGGAAAAGAAGAGGCUGCUGAAGGAGAAGGAGAAAAAGAUGGAGGAUCUGCGGCGGGAGAAGGAUGCUGCUGAGGUGCUCGGGGCCAAAAUCAAGGCCAUGGAGAGUAAGCUGCUUGUUGGAGGAAAAAAUAUAGUAGACCAUACAAAUGAACAGCAGAAAAUCCUGGAGCAGAAACGGCAGGAAAUUGCAGAACAGAAACGUCGAGAAAGAGAAAUCCAGCAGCAGAUGGAAAGCCGAGACGAGGAGACCUUGGAACUGAAGGAGACAUACAGCUCAUUGCAGCAAGAGGUGGACAUCAAGACCAAGAAACUCAAAAAGCUCUUCUCUAAGCUUCAGGCAGUCAAGGCAGAGAUCCAUGACCUCCAAGAAGAGCACAUCAAGGAGCGGCAGGAGCUGGAGCAGACCCAGAAUGAGCUCACCAGGGAGCUGAAACUCAAGCAUCUUAUUAUAGAAAACUUCAUUCCCCUGGAAGAAAAAAGUAAAAUUAUGAAUAGAUCCUUCUUUGAUGAAGAGGAAGAUCAUUGGAAAUUACAUCCUAUAACCAGACUGGAGAACCAGCAGAUGAUGAAAAGGCCAGUCUCAGCUGUGGGAUACAGGAGACCGUUGAGCCAGCACGCAAGAAUGUCCAUGAUGGUUCGUCCAGACGUUCGAUACAGGGCAGAAAACAUCAUGCUGCUGGAGCUGGACAUGCCCAGUCGGACCACCAGAGACUACGAGGGCCCCGCCAUCGCCCCCAAGGUCCAGGCCGCAUUGGAUGCGGCUCUGCAGGAUGAAGAUGAGAUACAGGUGGAUGCAUCAUCCUUUGAAAGCACUGCACAUAAGAAAACCAAGGCCAGGCCUAAAAGUGGAAGGAAGUCGGGCUCCUCCUCUUCCUCAGGAACCCCCGCAUCUCAGCUUUAUCCACAGCCUCGGGGGCUAGUUCCAAAGUAAAGCCACUUCCCCUCUCCCAGGUUACAAACAGCCUUGCCUUCUGGGAGAAGAGACAAGCAAAAACCUGCAGAGAGGACUUGACCCCAAACUCAGAACCAUUCCCCUGGGGAGAAGCAAUGGCCUCUUUGCCGAUGAACCAACUUAAUCUGGUUGAACAGGCUGGUCGUAAGACGGCACUCAGCUCCUCUGGGACUUGUCCUUUAAUUAGCAUCUCAGAACUGCCUGGAUAAGGUAAAGUGUGAUAGCCAGAGUGGAAAGCAAGAGAGUGACCAGUGACCUUGCUUCCCUUCUCCCUUGCCACCUCCUCUCCUUUUUCUUGCUGUCCCAUCCUCUCCCCUCUACUUUUCUAGCCUGUUCUUUAUACUGGGCUCCCUUCUUGUUGAACAAUAGGGUAAAAUCAGGAGUCACCUCAGCAGACCAACUCUUUGGAGCCUCAGGAUAAAGUGGCAAAGGGUCUGAAAAGCGAAAGUCCUAGAACUUGAGCAGGUGCUCGUUCUUAUAGGUAGAAAAUGAGAAAUCUCAUUUGGAGCUAAGCCUCUGAGGGGCACGGUCCAUGCACCUCAGUAAGAAGUGGAUCUGCUUUGGGGAUCUGCUGAAGGAGCAGAUAUUUUCCAAGGAAGCUACCAACUUCUGCUCCAGAAGGAUUCCAUGUCAGAAGCAAUAGAAAUAACACUUCCUCUGCCUCCUUGGAGAGUUUAGGGAAACAGCUUCUUUAGAACCUCAAAACCAUGACCAUCUUAUCCAAGACGUGAAUCUGUAAGCUGAUGCCAUGUCCAUACGCCGUGUCACUUUGUUCUUUAUUGGUCAUCAUCUAUUCCCAUGCACAUUCCCUGAGCGAACCUGCCUGGGGCCAUCCUCUGCCUCCGGAGCAUGCUCUGCAGUGGGCCUGUAUUUUGGGAAAAGGGAGGCUGUCUCUGCCUUCUCUGAUGGGACCAGAGCUGGGGGCAUGAGACACAGAGAAGCACUUCUGCAUCCCCUGUUUUGUUCCAUCCUUGCAUAGAGAGCUCUGGGGUGACGAGAUGGGUGCCAAGAUGGAGUCGUGAGGCUUGGUGCAGUGGCAGAGGAAGACGUCACAGCUGGUGCGGCAGAGGAAUCCUGCCUGCCUCCAGCAGAAAACUCACCUAAUCCUAGAGCUGGGGCUCCCCCCAGGCAGAGCCCGGGGCAGUAGCAAGGCAUGGCCGUGUGAUGGAAUAGUUCAGAGGAGUUAGGAGUUCCCGUUUACAUGUACUGGUUUGGUUUGUAAGUUUUAGUUCUCUGUAUUAUUGAAACUCAGAAUUUGGCUUUAUGUUGGUCACUAAGUGGAUGUUACUCAUUUCCCCCCAUGAGAAGCUCAUAAGUGUGUGUGGGUGUGCAAGCACAGUGGUGCCUAUGUUCUUUGAAUGUGUCGUGUGUGUCUGUAAGAGAGAGAGACCAAGAACUUGCCCGACUUUAGAAAUACACUAACGUGCAGUUGUUGCCUUUGUCUGUAUUAAAGGCCCGCUGAAUGACUAAUCCAGGCUGGAAGCUCCCACGUGGGGGUCUGAGUCCACGAGCCAAGCCUGAGGGGACAAUAUGUGUCCCUAGUCGGCCACACCGGCGCACUUUGCUGGCACCGUGCCUCGGGAAGGUGGCGACUCAGUGGGCCUUGAGUUAUGUUUUAACUCAGCUGCUCAGUUCCCAGGGCACAUUUCUGGAUCAGAACCCGUGGGAAAGAGGAGGUACCGAGUGCAAUGUCUUAGCGUCCUGCAAAUGGAGAUCUGUCGUCUACCAGCUUAUCUCCUGUUUAGUAACCAUUCUUUCUGAACCCAGGGCCCUUUUCAGCAAUUCGUGGAGCAUAAUGGAAGCAUCCCUCAUCUUUCUCGGGAUCAAACUCUGUUCUUUAUUAUUUACUAAGAAUGUCCCUGUUUGAACAGGAACCAAAUGAUGGGGUGGGUAGCCUAAGAUGAUGACAGGUCACACCUGUCUCUUGGCACUGCAUUUCCCUGAAGCUGAUCUGAAUUCUGUAGGCUGAACAUUUCCAUCUAGGAAGUCUGAGAAUUAAAAACUGCAGAUAACCCUGUAGCUGAAUACUGAUGUCUCAAGGUGACUGUUCUGACCAUGGGUGGUUGAAUGACCAUGGAACUUUUCUAAGAAGGCAAAAGAAGCCAAGUUGACAGGCAGGGUCAUGAAAAUAGGCCUGCCGUGUACUCAGCUGUGUUCAUCUGGUGGUCUGUGAAAUGAAGUCGAAGAACUCCUGGCUGGAGGUUGAGUCUCCGGUGCUUUUCUUCUCUCAAAUGGAUCCGAUGAAUAUUCGAAUAGAGUAGAGUGUCCUGCUGCCACCAGGAAGCUGCUGCUUUGGGCUCUGAGGGACCAGGUUUUUAUUGUCUGUUGUCAUGCUAGAAUGUUCCAAGCCCUCUGAGCACCUUCACGUCAGCAGCACCUAAUGAAAUCUGGCAGCAAGGUCCCAGGAUCUAAUAAGCUCAUCUGAGAGAAGGAGUUUGAGACAAACGUGCAACUGCCUGCAGGAAUGUAUCUGGUUUCAGAUUUCAAAUCCCAUGUGUCCCAGGCCCCUGGAUUCAGAACUCACGGCCACAAAUCAUAGGCAUGAAGCACUUUCUUAAGACUCCACCCUAAUGCUGGAUGGCUCCCCGUCGAAUGCCUGCAUGCUGCUUGAAUGGCACCACCCGCAUCUCCACGACCACGGGCGUCAAGAGAGCUGCUCAGCUCCGGCAUGGGCCAUGCUCUACUUCUCCUGUGUGACUCUUGUAAGUGCCCCUUCGCUGAAUGUAGAAUCGUUGCCAAGUUUGUGAGAAGUGUCCAUUCCCUGUCAACGUGGGAUAUCAGUCCAGCCUCACAUUUCCCACUGGAGGUCAAGGCUCGGUGCGAACACCACCUUGGGCCAUCUCAGCACCAUCAGUGGACAAAAAUGGGGCUGUUAAUACACUCUAAAAGCCAUAAUCAGAAUGCUCAGAAGGACCUGGGUAAGAACAGCAGGCCUGGCUAUUGUCUAUCGUGCAAGGCUGUGUCUUGUACUGUUUGGAAAUCUGACCCCCCUCCUCCCUGCCCUCGCUUCUUGAAUGAAGUGCUUCUGAGGUUAUUUAUGAAAGGAGUGAUCCUGGGGCAGGCAGGAGGCAGUGGGCUUUAUGGCUCCUUGGAGUUACUAUUGAUCUUGACCUUCUCUUUGGCUACCUUUAGACAAAGAAUAUGCCAAUACUUGGGGCUCUGAGUUUUAUAGUCAAUAUUUAUUUGUAUCAUCUCUUUGUCUAGGAAUGUAAAAGUGACUCUAAACUAAGAUGUGUAAUAAAAAUCAGAUUUAUUGUACCUCCAAAAA